AGAACCUAACAUCACUACUAUUCACUGAUCGAAGGUAGCACAGACCAUUUAAGAGACGACGUUUAACUCUGCAAAAUGAAGUUUAUUGUUCGUGCAGGCAACGCUGAUGACUGCAGAGAUAUAGAACGCAUGAUAAGGGAACUGGCCGUUUAUGAAAAGAUGCCAGACCAAGUGAAGAUAUCCCAUAGAGAGUUGGAGAGGGACGGAUUUGGCUCAAACCCAUAUUACCAAUGUCUUAUAGCUGAGGUGCCUGAGGAGCAAAAGUCUAAAGAUGGACAUACCAAAGUUGGAUAUGCUCUCUUCUUCUAUACGUAUAGCACCUGGAAAGGGAGGGUUGUGUUUAUAGAAGAUCUAUAUGUCAUGCCAGACUACAGAGGAAAAGGCAUUGGGAAGGCUUUAAUGGCAACUGUUGCCAAAGUGGGCAAAGAGAAGCAGUGCAUGCGUUUACAGCUCUCUGUUCUGGAUUGGAACAAAUCCUCUUUGGACUUUUAUUUGGCUAAAGGUGCAGAGGAUCUUACAGCUAAAGAAGGCUGGCAUUUUAUCCGCUUCAGUGGAGAGGCUCUGGACAGUCUAGCUCAGGAGGCACCUUAGUUGAGAGGAUAGAGCUUACGCGAGUGAGGAGGAGCUAGAAACGUCACAUCCAGCGGGAGGAGAUGACUUAUUACUACUAUAACUAUUUAAAUAGCAUUGAACAUCAUUUAUUCAUGUCACACAUUUAACCCUGUAAAACCCUCUGUUGUCAUAUUACAUUAUCAGUUUAAAGUCUAAUCAAAGUUUUAAGAUUAUUAAAUAAGUUUUUAGGAAAUGAAUUAUUUAUUUGAGAAUUUGAAAGUAUGUGGCAAUAUUUUAACCUAUCUUUACUUUAUUGUUUAUAAAAUAUACUUAGCUCGAUUACAUCGUUUCAUAAAACAAACUUGAACUAGUUUAACCCCGGUUACUAUGGAAACUUAUGCUCAGAAACUAGCCUGCUCCGGGGCAGGCUAACUGUCAGGCUAAGCCUCAGUUGUUGCUUAACUAGAGUUCCACUAACACUGAACUGUAAAUGCAAUGAUAUCACAGAUGACUCUUUGACAUUUUAUUUGACUUUAUUAACCACUAUCAAUCUAACAAUUAAAGAAAAUCAACUUAUAUAUUAAUUUGAUAAAUUCUGUUACAAUAAUAAUUAAUACAAUAUAGACAUGUGUUUAAUAAUAUGGUAUGUUAUAGGCCUAUCAAAUGUUAAAUAUAAAUUAUAAUCUUAACUACCCCAAUAUAAAGAUAAUAGCCACAGCAGUACAAUUUGUAUCGAAAUUUAAAAUAUAUCUAAAUCCAUAUAAUUGCAGUGUAUUGAUGAAAUAUAUAUACUUUUUAUUCAGAUUGUCUGUCAUACAGAAAUGAGAUUUAAUUUAAAUAUACAACACACACAAGUCAAGUACAGUCAUUGAUUUUUUUAUGCUUGGUGUGCAUAAAAAUUCACAUUAUUUUAAAGAUCUACA